CCUCGGUGGCGUAAUAGACUAUACUAGACGUCGCUUAUAUUUCACAGCGAUACGCAACUUAUACAUAAGCACGGUUCUUGAUAGUAUAGGGAGCUCAAUAUUACGAGUCCAAUACGAAAUCCUACCCAAGGCUAUCAUCGUUUGAGAUCCUUUAUCAUAUAAGGCAAGAACAAACAUGCCGGACACCACGCCAGCGCAAAUAUUAUGCGGGACUCAAGGAUCGGACCAAGGACAAUGCCGGCAAAGGCAUAUAGAACUACCUGGUAGUAACUUGCCCACUCCGCCCAAUGGAUGGCCAGAUAUAAGAGGUCUUAAUCAGCUUCAGGCCAGCCGCGAGGAAUGGCUCAAUGGUGAUGCUCUUGAUAAAGCGCUAAAGGUGUACCACAACAGCUUGCCGAAGCUGGCCAGGGACUUGAUCCACAUUGCAGACACGAGUAUCGAGGGAAUAUUUGGGACUAGCACCAAAGCGUUUGAGGACAUAUUGGCAAGAAAUUACAACAGAUUCUGUCGGAGUCUUAGACGGACCGAAUAUACCCUGUGGCCGAUGAACAUACAUGGUAAUCAUUGGGAGUUAGGUGUUAUCCGUAAAGAGAAUCCGAAUAAUGAAAAUGAGGGAUGGACAAGAAUUGUUCAGGUGGGCAUUAUCGAUUCGUGGGAAGAUACGAAGAGGGGGCCUAGAAAACAAUUUGCUGAAGGUCGACUAAAAAAGUUCCUUAAAAAAAAUAAAUUCACAUUUGAUCGGCAUCACCGGCGCGACGUGUCGACAGACCGGCAGUUAGACAUGUGGAGCUGCGGUCUCCGAACGUUUUGGGCAGCAAGGCAUAUUAUGGACCGGAUAGUGGCUAUGACGCGAGGUGACACCUAUCAUUAUAACGAAACCCUCUGGGAAGACAUGGCCGGGUGGUUCAACCCCGACUUGGUGAGAUGGGAGAUGAUUGGCCUUACUGCAUACGAUGCUGUUCGAGAAAUGGGCUAUAGAGCACGUAUCGCGGUGGAAGUGGUUAGCACUUCUCGGGACGGAGCUCAAGACGUAGACGCGGCAACUUUGAUGGUGCCGCCGGAAGGCGGGAGCUCGGUCGUAGUAGGCAAACCAGAAACUAGAAAGAGGGCGAGAGAAGAUGACGGCGAGGAACUGCCUCCCAAUACAAGAAGAAAGACUGAGGGGAAACAGGUGUCUGGUAAACCAUCAAUAGCACCGGAAUUCGGGAUGGAUAAUUAUGAGCCCUUCAAUAAAAAGAAAACCAACCCGGUCUUCCCGCCUGACAUCCCAGAAGCUAGCCAGGAGAGCAGUAAGACAACCGGGGGAAAUACAAGAAACCAACCCAGGAGAAGGGGGGGUAAUAAGGGCAAGGGCAAGGGCAAGGGUAAGAAAUAA